UUUUAAUUCAAUUAAUAAGAUCUGAUAUAUAAAAAUGAUUGUUCACUCAUUUAAUUGUUUAUUAAUAAUAAUAUCAAUAUAUUUGACAAAUUAUGUGAUGUGUCAGUCGUGUCCAAAUGGUUGGGAAGAAUUUCAAUACUCGUGUUAUAAGUUUACGAGAAAUCCCGUGAAGAAUGUGAUCCAAGCGGAGGACACAUGUAUUCUGUAUAACUCGCAUCUGAUUAGUGUUAAUACACUGGACGAGCACUUGUUUGUGACCAAUUGGCUCCGAAACAACGACCCCUUACACCGUAAAUGGCAUACCAGUGGUCGCGACACCGGAAAUAAUAACUGGAAGUGGGAUUCAGACAGAAGUGACUUUACAAUGAUUAGCGACUUAUGGCUGCCUUUCAAUGAGAACAGUGUUAACCGUUUUGAUUGGACUCUCAAUACGGGCAAACACUCCGCUUAUAAUUUCUCACAAACGGCCAGUCGUUGGGGUCUGAUUCGUGUGACUGAAAACCAAGAAUUGCCUUAUAUUUGUGAAAUCAAGAAAGAAGAUCUCGCAAAUGCUGUCAUUUCCGAGCGAGAGAUUGAUUACGGCAUAACAGUUGUGGACAAGCGUCAAGUGCCGCGCGGACCCAUCUUUACACAAGAACCUAAAAAUGCUGUUUUCGAUCUGAGCGGUCGAAGUCAAUUGAAUUAUGUGUCCAUCAGAUGUGUGGCCGAUGGCUAUCCGACGCCAAUAUAUAAAUGGUAUAAAGAAGAGUAUGUCAACAAUCGACUUACGUCUCGAUAUAUUGACCCGCUUUCCGACAAUCGGAUUACGCAAACGGACGGAACGUUGACUAUCUAUAACCCGCAACAAACAAAUGACCGUGGCAAAUACCAUUGUACAGCCGAGAAUCGGUUUGGUAUUAUUAUUAGCCAAACCGUUCAAUUGAGCUUUGGAUAUAUCGGAGAGUUUACUAAAAAGCGUUCACCAGAUUAUGGCAAAGAAUAUUGGGGUAAAUCAAUAUCAUGUGAUCCGCCCCAACAUCACCCACGAGUCAAUUACUAUUGGACUCGCAAUUCAUUUCCCAACUUUGUUGAAGAGGACAGACGAGUGUUUGUCUCACACGACGGCAAUCUCUACUUCUCAUCACUUGAGAAGAUUGAUAGAGCGAACUAUUCUUGUAAUGUCCAGUCAGUCAUAUCAAGCACUGGUCGAACGGGACCUUUCUUUCCACUUAUUGUGGAUCCGGCCUCCAGUGGCCAGAAGUUGUUGUUUCCCAAUAACUUUCCAAAAGCCUUUCCUGAGGCCCCCUUAGCUGGUGAUGACGUACGGCUAGAAUGUAUGGCAUAUGGAUAUCCUGUGCCAUCAUAUAACUGGAGUCGCUCUGGUGUGACAAAUCGAUUGCCCGAAAACGCGUACACAACUAAUCACAAUCGGGUCUUAAUUCUGCCCAAAGUACAGGUCGAGGAUAUGGGAGACUAUGUUUGCACUGUUAAUAGUGGUCGGGAUGUCAUUCAAAAGAAAGUUAUGCUAAGCAUUCAAUCACUUCCUGUGUUUACCAUCAAAUUGGGAAAUAAAGUGAUAGAAAGGGGUGCCGUUCGCCCUCUUAUCUGGACGUGUGAAGCAUUCGGAAUACCGGAAGUGUUUUAUCAAUGGUAUAAAAACGGAGAAGAACUAAAGGACCGGUCUUUAAUGGACAAUUCGUUGUCACCUGAAGACAGACAGCGAUAUAUAGUUAAUCAAAAUAUAUUAACAAUUGAUGGACUCAUACCCGAUAGAGAUGAAGGCAUGUAUCAGUGCCGGGCGUCCAACCAAUUGGGAAGUGCUUUCUCGAGCGGGCAGUUGAGGAUCAUAUCAAUGGCGCCUUCAUUUAGAAAACAUCCGCUCGAUAUCGAAACAUAUGCUUCAGAGGGCGGAAACAUUACCAUUCCUUGUGUUCCCGAAGCCAUACCCUUUCCCACAUUCGAGUGGCAAAAAGAAGGCUCUCGAAUCGGCGGUUCUGUGGGCAGAAUCCGGAUUCUGCCGAAUGGCUUCCUAUCCGUAAAUCCGGUCCAGAUUUCAGACGAAGGCCUUUACACGUGUGUCGCUCGCAAUGACUUGGGUUUUGACAGAUCUCAAGGAUAUCUGCGUGUGUUUAAUCGUCCGCGCAUUUACGACGGACCCGCAGUUUCCUAUGAACGACGUGUCAAUGAGACCCUCGAAAUGCCCUGCAGUGCCUUCACUGACGCCGCUUUAGAUGUCGCUUACAUUUGGAGACACAACGGCUUGAGAAUCAACUUCACUAAAACACCACAAUUUUCUGAAGGUAUUUGUUUCGUGCAAAUGCAAAAGCAUUGCAAAUUGCAAAUGACAUAUUAAUGAUUGCAUAUUUUUUAAGGCUCUUAUCCAGGAUUUCUUCGUCUCAAUAACAUAACACUGUCUGAAGCCGGGGAUUAUGUCUGUGAAGUAAAGACAUCGGUUGGCAAAAAUACGGCCAAAACUAUACUUCAGGUUUCGGGUCCCCCGAGCGCUCCCGGAGCCGUUUUGGCCGAAGAUCUCACCUCUACUUCAGCUAAAAUUCAUUGGAGCGAUGGUUCAGAUAACGGGCGCCGGGUUUGGGCUUAUAUGAUAGAAGGGAGGACUAAUCAUAACCCAAAUUGGGUGCCAAUUGUCAAUAUAUCCGAUUAUCAGAACCAGUAUUUGACAAAUAAAGAAAACGGAAGAAAAGUGACUAACAUUCGCGAUGUUCUCUCGCCCUGGAGUUCGUACGAGUUUAGAGUUUCGGCAAUUAAUGACAUUGGUUUAGGUCCUCCUUCUGAUCCGAGUCCUCAGUACAAUACAGACAAGUCGUUUCCAUUCAAAGCGCCGUCUAAUGUUGGCGGAGGAGGGGGUAAAGCCGGAACACUUACCAUCACUUGGGAUCCGUUACCACCACAAGAUUGGAACGCACCAGAAAUAUGGUACCAAAUAUAUUAUAGAGCUGAGGAAUUGCGAGAAAGCGAUCCCUAUAUCGCUAAAAAUUUAACGUCUUUGGGAAACACUAAUAUGUAUGCCGUGAGUGUUGGCGAAGAUAACUAUUUUAAGCGCUAUUCAGUGCGGGUUCAGGCCAUGAACUCGAUGGGCGCCGGACGAGUGAUCAGUGAUCCGAUGACCGUAUACUCAGCUGAGAGUAUGCCUCACGUGGCGCCCAAUCAAGUCUAUGCCGUGGCCUACAACUCGACUUCACUGAACAUUACUUGGGCACCACUCGAGAUGACUCGUGAGAAAAUCAGGGGCAGACUUAUUGGCCAUCGAAUUAAGUAUUGGCCCAAUAAUAAGGACCAAAUGUUAGACUCGUUAACAUUGCUUAAUAGAGGACUCGAUCCAUGGGGUCUGAUUGUAGCCUUAGUUCCCGAUACAGAGUAUUACAUAUCAGUUAUGGCUUAUAACGACGCCGGCAGUGGACCGGAAAGUGAGCCGUUUUUGGCCCGAACUUAUAAGGCGGCGCCUCAACGACAGCCAACUAGUGUUAACAUUACGGCUCUAGACUCGCACUCAGUAAUGGUCACGUGGAGAGGCAUUACCACUCUGACCAACGCUGAAGAACCUAUCAUAGGCUACAAAGUGCGGUACUGGGAGUCGGAUCAACCCAUUUCCAGUGCCAGAGAGGUCUACAAGUAUUUAGACGGAGGAGAACUCAAGUCUAUUAUAUCCGAUUUAGUUCCCGGAAAAGUCUACAAAUUGAGAGUUUUAGCGUUUAGUAGUGGAGGAGACGGCAAAAUGAGUACUCAGUGGGAAUUUAAAGUAGGGGAAGGCGUUCCCUCCCGUCUCACAUCAUCAGCACUGUAUUCAAUGUCUACGAGUUUAACGCAAUUGAUUAUAACAAUGUUCACACUAAUCAUAUUGAUUACUAAUUCAUAGAUAAACACAAUUUUAUACAAUUUAUACAUUUGUUUAAUUUUUGAACACAUUUAUCGCUAUAUGAAUC